CUCAAACGAUUCACUCGUUUGUAUGACUUUUGUUGUACUUUUGUAUAGCUUUUUAUUAGCCUUUAAUUCAGUGAUUAGUUUUCAACUCACAGUUUGUUUCAAUUGAUAUUUCGCUCGCAAUUGGUCUCAACAGUAGCCACGAAUCAGAUCCGCAAAAAUGAUGGAAGACUUCGAGAAGAUCGAGAAGAUAGGAGAAGGCACUUAUGGUGUGGUAUAUAAGGCGAAGAACAAGAAGACCAAUGAGUUGGUGGCGCUCAAGAAGAUCCGUCUGGAGAACGAGGACGAAGGCGUGCCCUCCACUGCCAUCAGAGAAAUCACUUUACUUAAGGAGUUGAUGCACCCGAAUGUGGUCCGGUAUGUCAUACCACCAGCCCUUCCCCUCCCAUACCAUACCAUUCCUCUAUGCGCUGACCAUAUUGUAUGA